AUGGCAGGCUGGUUCUCUUCAACGUCGCCGCUCGAUGAGCAAAUCGAGCGGGCGACAGCUUCCUCCCUGGAAGACAUUGCUCUCAACCUCGAGAUAUCAGACAUGAUCAGGUCAAAGAGCGUGCAGCCCAAAGACGGAAUGAGAUCUUUGAAACGACGACUCGAGAAUAGAAAUCCCAACAUCCAACUGGCGACAUUAAAGUUGACCGAUACGUGUGUUAAAAACGGAGGCACUCACUUCCUUGCCGAAAUCGCCUCUCGCGAAUUCAUGGAUAAUCUUGUCUCGCUGCUGAAAUCCGAAGGAGCCCCCCUAAACGCCGACGUCCAGGGGAAGAUGUUGGAGCUUAUUCAGAACUGGGCCAUGGCUGCACAGGGCCGCAUGGACUUGACGUAUCUGGGGGAGACAUAUCGCAAACUACAAGGCGAAGGAUACCAGUUCCCCCCAAAGACAGAAAUGAGUGGCAGUAUGUUAGAGAGUAGCGCUCCCCCAGAGUGGAUCGACUCCGAUGUAUGCAUGCGCUGCCGAACUCCUUUCAGUUUCAUGAAUCGAAAACACCACUGCCGGAACUGCGGCAAUGUUUUCGACGCUCAGUGUUCAAGCAAGACUAUUCCCCUACCGCAUCUUGGAAUCUUGCAGCCAGUCAGGGUAGAUGACGGGUGUCACGCCAAAUUGACCUCUCGGUCAUUUGCACCACCCGGGAUCUCAGAUCGGUCCGCGUUCAAAAAUAACUCCAUUAGCAAGUCCAAUACAAUGGAGCCUCGUGCUGCUAAAGCAGAUACAGGUUUUGAUGAGGACUUGCGUCGAGCUUUGCAAAUGAGUCUUGAUGAAGCUGAGGGAAGAGGUUCCUCAGGGUUUGUGCCCCAGACAGGUAACGCUCCAAAACCAACUAAGGCUGCCUCUGGGCCGGAAGUUGUGGAUGAGGAAGAUGCAGAUCUCAAGGCUGCGAUUGAAGCGUCGCUGCGUGACAUGGAGCAACAUAAACAAAACCAUGCUGCCGCAUUGAAAAAUGUUCCUAGCUCGGGAUCUACGCUUCGCGAUGCCUCUAGCACGCCAGUUGCACUGCCAAAAAAUCCAUACGAACUGACCCCAGUUGAGGCUGAGAAUAUUCACCUUUUCUCCACACUGGUAGAUCGGCUCCAGCAUCAACCUCCGGGUACAAUUCUUAGAGAGCCGCAGAUCCAAGAGCUAUAUGAAAGCAUUGGUGCACUUCGACCAAAGCUGGCUCGAAGCUAUGGGGAGACCAUGAGCAAGCAUGACACUUUGUUAGAUCUCCAUGCCAAGCUCUCUUCGGUUGUACGUUAUUACGAUCGCAUGCUGGAAGAGCGUCUGACCAAUGCCUAUUCGCACCACACUCUUGGCCACGGAGCUGUUCCGGGGGCGGCACCGUAUCCCAAUCUUCAGCCAGGGUUCUCCGGUCACGCUCCCGAUCUCAAGGCCGGAGCCGAGAAUUUCUAUUAUGGAAAUCAAAUAGACAACUCUCGCCCAUCUACUACCAUGUAUGCAUCUCACCAGCCGAAUGCCGAUGGAUUCCCCGGAAGUCCCAGCGCUGUCCAGAAUCCCUCUUACCCACCGCAGGGCCAAUACGGAGGUCCGAUGAAUGAACCUCACAGUCACACAUGGGGUGGAAACCCAUACCCUUCUCUUGGAUCACCCCCACCCAGCAACCCCGUUCCAAACCAAUAUACCACUGCUCCGGUACCAAGUGCUCCUGGCCAAUAUUAUGCAGGACCGCAUGAAUCAGAUUCAGCCCAAUCACCUAGUACGGCACACCCAUACCAGCCGUCUCCUAUAAUGCGCCGGGAUUCUCAAUAUCAUGCCAAUGCGCCCCCCGGUCCUUCUCCCUCCCCCUGA